UGUUUUUAAAACACAAACGGCUAAGGGGUUCUCAACUAUUGUACUGUAAGUGAGUGAGUGAACUGCAUUCUCAUUCGAUGGUUCUCACAGAUGAUAAAGAACAUAUGAGUGAGUAUUGUUGUAGUCUGUUUUUUAACGAUCUGGCAAACUACGCCAUGUUCUGAAAUGGAAGUUGAUUUCACUGCUACCAUACAGCAUUCAACUCAAGUAUACAAAAAUUGACUGAAUGAGAGCUCUUUUCUUGAAAAGCUCAUUAAGUCAGGUCACUCGUGUCUCAAAGUGUAAUAUUUAAUCAGAGUAUACUUUUGUUUCUAUCCCAGCUGUCCUGAGGCAGUGGGCGGGGUACACCCUGAACCGGUUACCAGCCAAUUGCAGGGCAUGCAAAGACAAAUAAUCAUUCACACUCGCAAUCAUGCCUAGGGAAAUUUAAAGUGUUCAGUUAUGUGCAUAUUUUGGGAAUGUGGGAGGAUAUCCACGCAGGCACAGAGAGAACAUUCAAACUCCACACAGGAAGAGCAAUUGAACCUGUGACCUCUGCGCCGUGAGGCGGACAUACUAACCAGUCAACCACCAUAGCUGUCAAUACAGCAUCUUAAAAUAUAAAUAUUGGUGCUGUCUGUUUGAAACCCCUUUUACUCAUUCUAACACGGCGGGAGAAGCUGUUGAAAUCCAAUAGUGACAUCGAUUCACGAAUAGGCUGCAAUUUGCAUAACGAGCCAAUAGGUGGCGAUGUUACUUUGUUUGUCCAACACUCAACAUUGUUUUGGCCGUGAACGCUGCAAACAAUGACGUUUUCGUAUAAGAGCAUCCGUUAGUGUUAAAUUUUCAACAUUUUGAAAGUUUUGAGUCCCAAAGUGAUCACUUUUCAUCAGGAGUGCCGUUUUCUUGGGGAGGGGGGGGGAUUUUUUGUGUAUAGUGUCACAAAAGAUAUUGACGUGACUCAAAUUAAGAGUUUUUCUGAGGUCUCCAAAGCAAUGAAGCAAUGUUGUCAUAGCAUGACAGCUACCAAAGAUCUUUCUCAUCAUCUCAUCACAAGGCUGUGACGUCAGACAACAAUGGGGAUCUGCACAUAGCGAACAUCCAAUCAGACGACAUGAUGUUACUCUGCACGACUGAAUGGAUUUAUGCAUAGGCCACUGGUCCGCACACAGCAAAACAAACGUGCUGCAAUCUGCAUGCAGAGUUAAAGCGGGAGGGCAGCUGUGGUUUAUACAACAGCGUCAUCUGUCGGUUAACAAGGGUUAGCAACCCAAAUUUACUCAUGCGAAGAGACAUUUGCUUCACAUAAACUGUGUUUGCAGGAAACAAGCUGAUUUCUUACACACAGCCACUGUGUCCCUUGUGUUUCUUUUCACGACAUAAUGAUGUCUGCGUGCAAGAUGGCUUCUCUUUGACACUACUCCACCCUUUUGUAAUAUAUUUGGAGUCUUGUGCAGAGCUGCUAUACUUGUGUUAUUAUACGGUUUGGAUGGAAACGUUAUACUUUCGUUACUCACUUAUCUAAAGUUUCCCCACAAUAUUCUGACAUCACACAUGAUGAUGGUUUGCAUUUUUUAACAUAUUGCAUGAACACUAAAUUGUAUCACUUUUUGGAGAGCUCCAUUCGGAUGUUCCAUUGUGAUGAUGAUAAAGGGGUAAGGUUGCAGGUGUACCUAACGCUAUGUCAUCAUUUUCAACCCGGCUGCCUUUCAUCCAUCCCCAUUAAAAUGUAAACAAACCAGACCGGGUGGGAAUAAUCCACAUCUGUGGGUAUAAUCCAUAUCUUUCAUCUCCUUUAUUGAAAUGUUCAGAGCAGACGUUUACACCAACUUUUUUUCUGUUUUAAUUUGUACACGCUGACAAUGUGAAAAGGGCAGCUCUAGAAUUUCUUGAGGCACAAUAAGCAUCUUGACUGUUUAUUCUUUCACGUUAUAGUAAUUCACACAGAGUUUACAACAAGACUCGCAAGCAUACACUGAAUUAUCCUUCUUCUGUGGGAACAACUCUGACAGGAGCUUAAUUCUACCUCUUCUUCUUGCUCCUAAUAACACUGUACCGACCAUAGUGCUGUCUGCAUGUUGAACUGCAAUAUUGCUUAGGUACACUGUACUUAGUUUGGGAUCAAUAUCUAAUCUUGCAGUAUGGCACACCACUAGAAGACAAUGCAAGAUUCAGAUAGGGUGAUUUCAACCCUUUCCAGAGUUGCUUUUUAAAGACAUAGAAAGCAGCGUACGUGAGGUAAGAGCGAAGAGGUGACAGCAGGCUUCAAGUAAUCAUCAGCAGUUGCGUGGAAGCUGACAGCCUAAUGCGCCAAGCGAGCAAGCUGAAAAUAAUGUGUGUGUGAGGGGCUAAAAAAAUAAGGAAAUUGCACUUGCCUUUUGCUUGUAGGAGGAAGGCAAAUAUCAUACAUCCUGACAUGCUCCUCUCUGGCUAUAAGAUGUGUCCAUGUAUAAAGGAUCUUUUCUGAUUGUAUUAUCUGGAAGCAAAAUUCCAAGUCCCUUAGGAAGGUCACAAAAUAUUCAUUUGUAAGUAUUUCAGGGAUGGGCAACAACAAUGUUGGCCACAAUUUUUCAGUCGCAUUACUCGGCAUAUAAUACAAAUAUUUGAGUUUUGAAAGUGGUGUAUCCAUUCCUAAUUAAUGAUGUCUUGCCAAGGUCGUGUACGCAAUAGAGCGAUAAACAGUCCUGAUUGACCAUAUUGGCCUUUAUGAAGUAAAAUAUGUCACAAUGGACUAUCACAGCCAUAGGUAAAAUGUAUUGCUUUAAAUCAAAUUUUAAUAAUGGACAAAUAAAUAUAUUUGUUUUGUAUUUCUACUUGAUGCAAUUUUUUAUUCCAUGGAUGAUUUGUCAAACGAAUGACAUGAAGUGAUUGAGAACUCCCCAAGUCAUUUAUGUUCUAUGAUCUAAUAAUGUAUUGUCCUAAAACCAGAACUAUGAAAAGAAAAAGAGAUUACCACCUUAAACUGAACACUUGAAAUGACAGGAGUACCCUGUCACUCCAGUAAAAUGAUAAAACUUCAUUUUGACUAUCACUGUUUAAUCUGAGACUGUGAACAUUGUUACGUGUCAAGUAAACCCAGAUUUAGGUUUUAACCUUUCCACACUUCACAGGUUGGGAAAUUUGACUUUACAUAGACGCCUAUUGAAUUGGGAAUCAGUAACUCUGUACCACCACUUGCUCAAUUGUCGCUAAAUAGCUAAAUCGAACGGUGUACAAAAAAUACAUAUCCACUCACUUAUGUAUCUAAAGUAAUAUUAGCGUGUUCAUAUUAUUUUUUUGCCAACAAACUACAGGCGACGAAUAAAUAUAACUAAAAUCGAGUUUUGUAUUUGAUUUUACCGUGAAAAGACGACAGGUUUCGAGGAGGCAGUUUUUCCUCACAUUAUACACUAGGGGGUGCUGCCGCAUAGCUACAAAAAAGAUACAAUGUGACAGCGACACCUCUUUCCUGUUCACCACAGGAAAUGGAGUGAUUUAACGCAAAAAAUAAAAUGACUCACAUUGAGUAAAUCAACCUAAAGUGAGAAUUAUCUUUUUCUGAAAUAACGUGUAGCUAAUGAAGUUGCUGUUGUAGUGGAAACCACAGCUGAAAGAUGUACAGUUGCAGGCCUACUUUAUCUCAAUUUUAUAUUGUAUCUAUGAAAUCUUAUCCAUCAGUCUAUCGUAUCCAUUUGAUGAAUCGUGUAUUUGAAGAUUUACAGUCAUACAUGUGUCUCUAGAAAGUGAAUCGGUACAUUGUUCAAUUUACCUGACAAAACAAAGCUGACAUAUUGUAGAAUGUUGAUCCAGGUAAACUUUAUGCAUGUGAGGAGUAUAAUUCAAUUUGUUUUAAAUUUGAUAAUUUGUGCUGAAUUGCUCGUUGUUGUUGUUUUUUUAAUCACAUAUUUUAAUGCCCCUUUAUUCUUACUACAUCUUAGACCCAUCACAGAGUGGCCCAAAAGUAUGGAUGCAUUUUACAUGGACUUAUUGACAUGUGGGCAGAAGAUAGGAAGUAACUGGAAAGGGAAAAUAGAAAGAGGGACUAUCGAAUGAAGGAAAUUAUGUUUUAUAAAAGAAAGGAUGAAAGAAGGAAGUGGGUCAGGCAGGUAAGGGAUAGAGGACAGGGAGGGAAGAUAGAUAAUGGAAGGAAACAAGGAUGCUGUGAAUUAAAGCAAGGAUUAAAGAAAGUUUUGCUGUCUUGAAAAUGAGGUUUCCUCCAUUUCACAACAAAGAAAGAAGAGUUUACAGAACUGCUGCCCCUUGUAUUGUUCCCCAAACUGAAAGAUAUGAGGAAAAACAACUCGGCAAACCGUUUUGGAGCAAACACCUUGCUUGCCUUAUGCUAACUAACAUUGUUGCCACACAUUUCAAUAGUUUAUAUUUUAAAGGUGUUCCAACUUAGGCGGCCGUUUUAGUAACACGAAACAGUGUUUUAGAACCCUGGCUUGAACCCCUAGUUUGAAUUUACAAGAUUGGAUGUUUUUAAUCAAUAGUUGUACUAAACGUGACUGUAAUCUAAUGAAAGUUCACCCUUAUGCCCUAAAUCCUGCAUAGCAGAGGUCUGUCUUGAUCCCAUCACGAAAAAAAACAUGCACCCCCGUUCCUUCCUUCAACUCCGGUAUUUCCCAGUGAACACCCCCCCCCCCUCCCCAAAGAACCAUCCCACCCUCUCCCCUCGGGUCUCUUCAGAUGGAUUCUUCAGCCAGUGGAGUGGAAGCUGCGCGGCAGACGUCGACUCAAGGCUGCCGGGUCAAAACACGCUCAUCCAGACGAUCACGUGAACGCGCACGCACACCAAGAUAGAGGCGAGCUCGCCGACACACGUACGGAGGGAGGAAGAAUAAUAAUGAGGAGGAGGAGGUGGUGAAUAAUGUGACAGGAUGUGGUUUCCCUGAGCUGGCACAACAUCCGCGCCCACCAAGCGGGGACUCGGAGUGUCUUCGCCCCGCUUCUGGAGGACUGUGUUCGGCCACGGAGGAGAGCUCGGAACCGACACCGCCUUGACACGGCUAACCUUCGUCCACGCGUGGGAUGCUUCGCUCCUCGUGACGCUCACGCUCUCUUACUUUGAUCCACAGCGAGACUUUUGGCGGUCCUCUAAGUGACGUCAUGGGCUGCGGACUGCGUAAGAUGAAGCCUACCGCGGAGGAGAAGUCACCGGGCAAGAUUUACUCCACGCUGAAAAGACCUCAGGUGGAGACCAAAGUGGGCGUGGCUUACACCUACCGUUACCUGGACUUCCUCAUCGGCAAGGACGGUGGGACGUCCACUCUGCGUCUGUCGUCGGUGCGUGAGUUGCCAGAACAGUUGCAGGAGCUUUACCAGCAAGACUUCCGGCUGGCCGCCAUUCACCCGUUCAUCCACCCCUGCGGCCCGGAGUCCAACAGCCCGCAACACCAACUCUACCGCGCCAUCCUGGUCCAGAUCAACGAGGGGGUAGACAAGAGGCUGGCGGCGUGCUCGCCGUGCAGGCUGCAGUUGGAGCCGUGUGUGCCCGCAGAGCAGGCGCCAACCCCCGAGCUCAUCCAGGGAUACGUCAAGAAGCAGAUCCAGGACGCGGCUGAGCAGGGUGUCACGUUUGUGGGCUUUGUGCAGGAACCCUACGGGGCACCCUGCACCAUGAUCCGAGAACCAGACACCCCAUCCCUGUCCCUGCACUCCAGCCCCAGCUCCGUGCUGGGCUCCCUCAGCAGCUGCAGCCCCUCCGACCCGUCCAGUCCCGCCCGCCACGGACGUCCCGGAAAGGAUACGGACACGUGCGAGAACUCCGGGAAUCACUCGGGGUUUGUCGGGGAAGUCUCGGCCGCCUCAUCUCCGAUCUCAGAGGAGCUGACGGAGGAGGAGUUGCCAUGCCAGAACAACAGCAAGGACAGCGCACCAGAGACAAAGCCGAGGACCAGAUACCAGCAUAGAUCCUAUGGGGCUGAACUUUUGGCUUUGUAUAACCACCCGGCGGUGCGUGAGGGCGGCACGGUGAAGUAUUACACGGUCAAGGUGCCGCUGCGGGUGCACGCCGGCGUCAACGGCGACGACGUCCGAGAGGUGGAAGCCAACUGGCUGGAUCACAUGACACAGCACUUUAACAACGGAGCCUCGCUGGUCGACGGGCACUUCCACCUGGGGAACGUUGAUGAUUUGCUUCCCAAGUCGGUGGAAAGCGUCUUUGUGUUCCAGGAAGCCAGGGAAGGCGAGGCCAACACCACCUACGACGCCAUCGUGGUGGAGCAGUGGACCGUCAUUGACGGUUUGCAGGUGAAGGCCGAUUAUGUUCCUCUGCUGCAGUCCUUGGCCGUGUAUGGGUGGAGACUCACCUGUGUGCUGCCGACACCUGUCAUCAAGACCAACAGCGAUGGCAGUCUGGCAACCAAACAGAUUGUGUUCCUGCAGCGACCUGUCCUGAGCCGGAAGCAGAGGGAAUCCAAGAAACUGAUCUUCAAACCUCGCGGUAAGGCCUGCAAAAAUGGCCUCAAAAACAAGGACAGGAAGACAAAACCCAAACUGGAAAAAGACACGAAAAUUCCCAAUCACUGGGAAAAGGUUGGAAAUGAGGAAGGAGACGAGAGGAACGGAGAGAACGAGAAACCAGACGAGCAAGACGAAAAGAUUGACGCUACGAGCACCGCCGGGGUCGAAACUGACCAAUGGAAAGAGGAAGUAGCUACAGUAGCAGAAGAGAGAGAAAAGGAAACGCUCGAACUUGACAAAGAGGGAUUGACUGAUGCCCAGGAAGUCACAGAAAAUACUGCUGCUGAUGAAAAGGAGGACGGCGGCAUCGUGGAUGAGCAGGAAGUGGAAGCUGUUGUGGAAAACGGCCUUGAAAUGUACGAAGAUGAAACUGAAGAGAAACCAGACCAGAAGCAACGCACGAUUGACGAAUCCGUUGGCCAAGAUGUCAAGGACACGAUAGGACACGAUAUGGUGGCAGAUUCCCAGACCCCGACGAUAAACGAAAAACAAGAGUAGCCCAGAAUUGUGGAAACCCUACCUCGCAAACCUUAAACUCAAGACAGGGUUCAUACUGAACAUUUUUGGGACUCGCGUCGACCUCUUAAAUCUGCCAGCUUUCAUCUACCGACUCUGCUGUAUAACCACACGUCCUGAAUGUACCAUGUAUCCUUGAAGGACCUGAAGGAACCAGAUGAAGAUCCUCGGACUAGACUUAGACCUAAAACUAGAGCUUGCAGUGUUAGGUGGCCUGCAACUCUCUGCCUUUAAAGCGACAGGGAGUGCCGCAUAACCGAUGUACGCAGAAAAAACUUAUUUUUGGAUUCUGCUUGAUCUUUACUCUCGUUCUGAAAAGAAACAUCCAAAAAGAUGACAAACCUUAAGUCGAAAGACAAAGAACACUGGCCAACCUCCGUGAUACUACUGACCGUCUAAAGACAGAAAAGACUUGUGAUGCAUUCAAUUCUACGCAAUUUGAUGUGUUGCCUUGACGAGAAGGCCGACAUUUGGGGGCGGGACCCGUUUGCGACAGGCAAUCCAAACUAGCGUCAAGAGAUCUUCGGAGGCGAUACAUCAUUGACGGCUUAUACUCACCUUGCGUACAGAAUGUUUCGGACAAGCACAUGUCAAAUUCAUGGGAAUGAAAUGUAGCUUUUACCUUUUGGAGAUGUUUUUCAACUUGCUGUUCCUGAUCAAGUUUGCGAUCAUCCGCUAAAAAUGUUAGCUAGCUAUAGCGUUAGCUGCGAGCCAAAGGUUCGCAUUAUUUGCAUUUGUGGGGUCUUAGAUGUGGGGUGAAUCCGAAUAAAGCGAGCUGUUGGUUUACAACUCAUGCCCAGGUCUAACAUAACAAAUCUAAAAAUCGUAAAUACGGUAAAUAUUGUUGUGAAAACAAUUCUACGCCAAAGGAGAAAAGAGGAGCCCUGUAUAUGGACUGGGAAGGCAGCGUUACAGUACUUGAUACUUUAAUGACUCUGGUAGAGCCCCUCCCCUAAAGUGUGAUCCAAUUAUGAAUUGUGUGACUAUAGAGGUUCCACCUUCGUAAAACACGGCGCCCGAAUUUCUGUUCCGACACGUUGAGCUAGCUAGUGUAUGAAAUGCGCUAUGUACAGUACAUAAAGCUGCCUCGCCUUGUUUUACCUUGAUGAUAUAACCGAAAUUUGUAACGACGUCUGCCAAUUUUUAGGCCACAAAUAUAAAACAAUCUUAUGAAAGACACGAAGUAUCCCGCUAACUGACGUAUGUUCAUGCCACUGCGCUAACUAGUCGAUUCGUACGCCAUUCGUAAACCAGGUUAUGCUUGGACCGUCAUACAACCCGACUUCUUUUGAGCUUUAUGGAGCUGUCUCUUGCCAUGAAAAGGAUUUGAAAAAUAUUUCACUUGACGGCAACCCUUAAAAAAAGAAAAUACAUUUUGAAAUGUGCAUUCAUGCCAUGAGGCUGCCAGUUCGCGAAUCGAGCUCAAGAAAACGGACACAAGCUGCCCUGUGGCGUGUGAAAUGAAAUAGAAAUGAAUUGGCUCAUUUGAAAGUAAGUGUAGUUAGCGUGGCUUUUUUUUUUUUUGGACCUCCAGCUAUUUCAGCGCUCCUCAGCAGGUGCUGUAUGUAACGAUAAGUGAGUCGUGAGAUGGCAUUUGGUGGCGCGGCCGCAGUGAAAGGCGGGACAGCGGGUGGGUCGGCAAGGUGAGAGGUGGGGACGUCCGCCACGCAGAUCGCUCAUUAGGCCGCUAAUGGAUUUUGUCAGUAGGGCAUCUGUCAGAAAUCAGGCAUUUCUUACACAAGGAGAGAGAGGGGUUCGCUUCGCCAGGCCACUAUUGACAAUAAUGCCCACACCAGGUACCUCAACAAAUAGCUUUCUGAUGUCUCAUGCUUUCAUGUGAACUCGGAAUGAUUUUCCUGGUUUGAUGGUUUUGCUUUUCAAUGUAACAAUUACACGAGCUAGUUGUGUUCGCUCAUGUGGUGUCCAUGUGUCGAAAAAUAUUUGUCUGGUGCUGUUUUUGUGCAGAGCGGAAAACACGCGUGAGACCGGCUUAGCCUUAACACCCCAAAUUGUCUUGUUUUUUUAUUUUCUUUUUGUUUUCGUAAGUUACCACUUCCCCCCAAAAAUAUCUGAAAAAUUAGCAUAGCAACACCGCCUGGGAUGAUUUGAAAAUUCAACACCUGGAAAUAGUGUCACUUGACAACGUGAAAUUUGAUAGUCACAAGAGGUGUGACCCACAAAAAAAGUUUUUAAAAAGAUGGCUGAAAAUACACAGGCGGGUAUUUUUCCCAGUCGGGUUUUUCGAAAUGUUUGAAAAUGGUUUUGACGCUGGCGACACUGGAAAGAAAGAAUUUCAAGUUUUUAUUACAGUGACUUGCCUGCCCGUUGUGUUGAGACCGAUGCUUCAAGCUACCUCCCGAGGGUUUCUUGAUUUUUAAAAUGAGGGUCUGCGCCCUUCCCGACGGCAAAGUACGAGGUCAUACUUAAUGGCCGCCUGGGUUCAAGGGUCACAUUUUACCGUCCGAUUGAUUUUUCCAAAGGAGAGAAGCACUAUUAAUUGUGUUCCAAGAUAUGAAGAACAUUCUCUCACUGGUGGAAGGCUUUUGGCUGCUCUUGGGCUUUAAUUGAACGUUGUAUUUUGUGUUUUGCGAUGAUUUAUGGAAUUGCCGCAGCGCUUCAAAGGCACAGAGCUCAUGUAGUUUCCUUUUUCCACAAUUCCUCAGGUUCCUCGGUUUAUAUACAUUUCGGAACAAAAUAAUGUUCAUCAGCACCAUAUUUUAAAUGGUAACAUCAUGAUAUGGUGAUUAAUCGGUGAUUAACGUAUUUCAGGAACGAAAGAAUAAAUGCAUGUUCAGCUGGGGGGGGGGGGGGGGUUCCUGCAUACGAAAUUUGACACUGAUUCCUGUUUCACGAACACUUGUUGGUUUAUUUCAAUUUCAGUUGUGGGUGUGGUGAUGUCAGAGAAACAUGAAGCCACUCCUAAAACUGUCGAUAGAUUUUCUUUCUUCUUGCCAAAGUGUCAAGUCGUUUCUUUUGUAACCGAGCCUGUCCGUCUGACUUUGCAAUUUCAAAACUUUUUUCAAAACAAUUUUCAAGAUAUAUUUUACAUGCUUCAGGACAAAUGCUGAAAAUGUACAAAGACCGUGCAAAUGAUCAGUGCCACCUAUCAUACCGGGCUCCCACCUGGUAUGAUAUGGUGAUUUAGCAAUAACCAAUAUAUUGGAAGAAAAACAUCAAUUUAGGUAAUGCUAUGCAUAAAAAUUGACAUUUUCAUAAUUUACCCAAAUAAUUAUACUCGAUAAAUUACAAAUUUUCCAGUAGUGGGGCGUGGUGGGGAGGUACAACCGUAGACAGUAUACCGAGAUUAUAGAAGCACUUUCAUCACAAAUUGACGAUAUCAAGGUUUUAUACUGAGGAAUCGAUUUUGGACGGUGACGGACGACGUGAUACGUCACAUGUCAACCGUAAAAAUAUGGUAGCGCUUUCAUGUUACGGUUUAAAUAUCCAUCGUUGACUGCACAUCGAGGUUACAGAUUGGACACAGCGGCUUUUUAUCAGACGAUCAACGAUCCAUACUGGUCUAUCAGUAAAUUUGGAUUCGUACUCGGUGAUAUUUUGUCAAAUCCGAAGUUGUCCGUUUUGCCUCGAAGUAUCUAUUUUCAUCAUUGGUAGAAUUUACUUUAAUGAAUUUAACUUGUUUGUUUUGGGGUGGGGUUUUUUGUUGUUGUUUUUUGUUGUUAUGUUAUGAAACAUGUCAAUCAGCAACCCCCUUGGCCUGCCCUCCCCUCAAUGACAUCACCAAUGUCACACGAUAGCCGUUUGUGUGUCUUAACAUUCCAUUCGGACAGGGAACGAACGGUCUUAACCUUGACAAACGCUUCCGUCACGUUACCAACAGAACGCUUUCUUUUCCCGAUAAGAGACCUCUGAGACCAGCCCCACCCUUGGGAUUGUGGGUAAUUGUUUGAUUUGUUUAGUUUGCCAGCAGUAAGGAGACAUUUGAAUAUUGUAUCAUUCCAGCUGCCUAUUUGUGUCUGAAAAGCUAACAUGCCAGUGAUGUAAGUAUUCUUUAUGUGUAUGCCGUCCCGUCCAUCUAUGACGUUAUUCUUGUUAACCGCCGCAUCUGUACAAUUUGUACAUUAUAAAAGUAUUUAUAUUUAA